CUCUAUUAUCUAUAGCCCCAGUCACCACCAUUAUGUUCAGAUCCAGGCCGUUCAUGGCGUCGGUCAUGGCCUCUGCCAGGACCAACUUGAAGCGGACCGCCAACCGUUUUCCUUCACGCUUCCAAUACACGCCGUCCCGUCAUUAUGCCUCAUACCGUCGGUUUGAUAACUCACCCACACCCUCCAUCACCUUGACCAACUUCUUAUACAACAGAAACAACAUAUACUUGGGUCUAGGCUUGGUGGCAGUGUACGUGUACAACUUGGACGAAGCCCCCUUCACCCAUCGUUCCAGAUUCAUCUGGAUUCCGUACUGGUUGGAACGCAAGAUAGGUGACUAUUCGUACCAGCAGAUCUUGUACCAGUACCAAAACGACAUCGUCCCCUCCAGCGACCCAUUGUACGGUCGGAUCAGAACCAUCAUGAACAGACUCUUGACCUCGGCCAUCAAUUACUCAGACAACGAGAAACAACGUGAACACUUGAAAAGUUUGGACUGGACCAUCCAUGUGAUCAAAGUGGACCCCAAUAAGGUGCCUCCUAACGCUUUCAUCUUACCCAACGGAAAAAUCUUCAUAUUUUCGUCGAUUUUGCCCAUAUGCCACGAUGACAACGGGUUAGCUACAGUGCUUUCACAUGAAUUAUCACACCAGUUGGCCCACCAUACCCUGGAGCAAUUAUCGUCCCAGCCAUUCUACAUAAUGUUGUCAGCCAUACUCUACUCCCUAACAGGCACAGCAGGACUCAAUGAUCUCUUGAUUCUGGGUAUGCUUCAGAUGCCUGCCUCCAGGGAAAUGGAAUCGGAGGCCGACCACAUUGGAUGUGAACUCUUGGCCAGGCUGUGUUACGAUGUGCAAGAGGCUGUCAAGUUCUGGGGAAGAAUGAGCGAUUUUGAAGCACGUAUGAAUGGAUCGGGCAGACAAGCCCUCUUACAGGAGUUUUUCUCAACUCAUCCAGCUACAGGAAAGAGAAUCCACGACAUCCAGGGAUGGUUACCAGAAUUAGAACACAUAAAAGAAUCCCUGGGAUGCUACCAGUACGGUAUGGGUGAUUUCAAUAGACUCAAGACUGAAUUUUUUGGGAAGAAGUAACGAAUGAUGAAAAUGAAUUACUUCAUUGUACCAGAUACUACCUGUGAUACCUAUGAGGAUUUCCUCAAUAUUCAAGGAUAUUACAAUUAUUUAAAUCUAAUAGAUACUACUAAUAACUAUGUACAUAAUGGCCACUGAAAGCCUGAGCAUCAAUUUGCUUCUAUAGUUUCUUCAAUGUCGUCUCGUUCUUUGUCGCUUUCGUUGUCUAGCAAAACCUUACUCUUGUAAACUCCUUCUCCAACAGAGGUGAAAAAAAUGG